AUGGCUGGCGAUGUUUCUGAACUGGCAGCUGCUGAACAAGGCAAGUCAUUCUUCGUCAUGGUGCCAACAGACCAAGGCCCAGCUUGCACUUUUGAGGAAUCUCAGUAUUUUUAUGACCUAACAACUACCAUCGACUACAUCGUUCCAAAGACCUCUUGUCUAACUUUCAUCCUCAAAACGAUCGGAACGGGUAAAUGGUUCCGUGACGAGCCUCAGUAUCGGAAUUGGGAGAAGUCAUACAACGGCCUCCUCUGGGUCAAUGGAAUACAAUUUGUCCAGAGCAUGCUGUCCAGGCGCGCAGCACUCUCUUCCUACGCCGAGAGACGAAAACAGAUGAUGGAUGUUUUCACAUACACCAUAGCCAAGGUCGGCGCGGUAGUUCUCCUCGUGGAUGGGCUUGACGAAAUCCCACGAGACCUCCAAGAGGAUGUCGUCAAGAGUCUGAAAGAAGUUCAGCAGAGCAGCAAAAAAUGCCGGCUAUUGAUAACCUCCCGUCCGUACACGAGCAUCAAAGAGCUGUUCCAGACGGACCCACCUCAAGCAAAGUUUACGCUCAAGGCACAGACUAUAGACGUCGAUCUAUACGUACGCGACCGCAUCUCGAGAAAGGGUUGGGACCGUGAAAAGAACAAGGCCGAGCUUGUUCACAACAUCAUCAAAAGGCUGAUUCGAAAGCUGCCAGAUGAAGCGGCAAAAGCCUACGACCGAGGGUUGAAGCGCCUUGCCCAGGAAUUUGCCAGCUCAAAGCAAAAAGAUGGCCUACCGUGCCAGGCUAUUCAAGCACUCUUUUGGGUUGCGUACGCGAAAAGCCCAAUGACAGAGAAACAACUGAGGCAGGCAUUGGCCAUCGAGGAGGGAGACGCUGAUUACGACCCGACGAGAGAAAUAUGGGAUGAAACAGGCAUCGAGGCCCUUUGCGGAGACCUGGUCGUUGUCGAUCGCCGCAAUGGAGAAGUCCGAGUCGCGCACAAGACUAUCACCGAGCACUUACUUCUUGAAACAACCAAAAGGGACUGGUUCCCGACCAUCCGGGAACAUAUACCAAGUAGGCUCCUGCAAUUCCUCCAAUUCGACUGCCUGAAGAGACCUCUUGAGGACGCCUCAAAGUACAUGGGCCGCUAUCCGUUAUGUUCAUACGCGUUGGAUCACUGGGGAAGCGGCCUGAAUGCGAUACUGAAGCCGGGAACUUCUCUCUGGGCGACGACUGAAGACUUUUUGAAGAAGGCACACUCUCAGAUAUGGAAUGACCAUGUCAGAGACCUGGCGGUAAAGUCAUUGGUCUCCAAAGCCCGAGAGCACGACGAGUGGGACAAUUGGAAAGUGGUAAGGCAUGUUGUUACUCCAGGCCCAAUAACUGGGCUGCAUUGGGCAGUUCUAUUCAACCUCCAAGCGUUCGUCCCUAUUCUGAGCGAACACGAGAGGAAGCGGCCCAUCACAGAUCCGAUACCGACCACACCCUUGGGGCUCGCGGGUGCCUUUAGACGAGCAAGUCGAGAAGACAUGGCGCGAAAACUCCUCGAAAACGGAGCCGAGGUCAACGCUACUCGAGCAGCUGGUCGAGUCGUGCGGCCACCACUGUACAAUGCUGUCUACUAUUGCAGCGCCGAAGUUGUCAAGAUCCUCCUUGAAGCAAGUGCAGACAUGACCCUCAGGCGGGAUGACAACGAUAAAUCGCCACUUGACCUCGCCUACGUGCUAGGUUGCCUGGACAUUGCACGACUCCUCGUUUCUCACAUCUCUGGACAUGCCCCAACGAAGGCGCAAGAAAUGCAAUCUCUCGUCCGAGGGGGAUUUGCCGACGAACUGCAACGAGCUAUCAGCGAGGGUCUGGAUGUGAAUCAUCCAUGCGAGAAUGGAAAGAUGGCCCUUGAUUAUGCUCGAGGACUCGGCGAUGACACGAUCACGGGUAUCCUGGUUGCCAACCAGGCUACGUGGGAGGAAUCCGAUUGUGCUCGGCUGGAGUACGGAAACUCACCGUCGUCCAUGCUGCUGCUCGAAGUAGCAGUCAAGAAGCAUGUCAAGCUUCCAAUACGAAGCAUCGUAUUUGAGACAGUGUCACGGGACCAAGGCUGGAGCAGUUUUCCAAGCGAACAAGGGACGUAUAUUGGCUCUACCACCAUUCACGUCUCCCUCAAACAGCCGGGUGAGGACUCCCCAAGCUUCGUGCUCCAGCACAACGUGAAUGCCCAUGACAUGUUUAAGCUGCAUACAAACAUCUGGAAUCUGAGCGAGCUUAAAGCCUCGUCCCCACGGAGGGCGGAGCUUAUUGAAAACAUCCGACACGGCAGCGUAAUACAGGUCUCGGCUCAUAUGUAUGGGGCCAAAGUUUGA